CCCUCAGGAGCCAUGCUGCUGUUGCUGACCCUGGCUCUCCUUGCUGGAGCCACCUGCAGAGCCCAGAAUAUACUGGGUAAUAAAGUCGGCACCUAUUUCUACAUUCAUGGUGAAGAGCAGGGGGAUAUCAAGGCCAUCCGGAUCUUCUAUACACUGGCCCUACACCUCAAGGGCAUCCAGCUGCAGUUUCAAGAUCAGUGGAGUGAUAUUGAAGGACUGCGUUCUACACGUUAUGAAGAGUUUCAUCUGAAUGAUGGCGAGCAUGUAAUAAAGGUUCUUGGUAGUGUGGGACUCUGCCUGAACUCCCUGACCUUCAUUACCAACAAGGGGACUGAGUUUUCCUUUGGUAUUAAAAAGGGCCGUCGAAUUGUAGAGCGUGGAGGUCCAGACCAGCAUCUACAGACUGUCAAUGGUGUGUAUUCACCCAUCUGCCUCCAAGGAAUGGGCUUCAAAUGGACCUAUAAUACAGAGAAGCUUCCAAGAAAACCAACGUCCCAAGUUGCCUUAGACAGGCAGUGGCUGGAUGCUGGCCUCAUUCUGGGGACCUCAGGCCUGCUGAGUUGA